AUGCCAAAAGCACUGAAAGGACUGAAGCUCCAAAAAGAGGUGGGGAAGGAGGAAGGGGUGGGAUGGAGUGAGGGGGGGUGGGAUGGGGAAGGAGGAAGGGCCAUGACGAUUGUCAUGACGAGGAAGGGGCAGGCCCAUGAAGAGGGAAUGGGUGGGGUGGGGAAGGAGGAAUGGGUGGGGUGGGGAAGGAGGAAUGGGUGGGAUGGGGAAGGAGGAAUGGGUGGGAUGGGGAAGGAGGAAUGGGUGGGGUGGGGAAGGAGGAAUGGGUGGGGUGGGGAAGGAGGAAUGGGUGGGAUGGGGAAGGAGGAACGGGUGGGAUGGGGAAGGAGGAAUGGGUGGGAUGGGGAAGGAGGAAUGGGUGGGAUGGGGAAGGAGGAAUGGGUGGGAUGGGGAAGGAGGAAUGGGUGGGAUGGGGAAGGAGGAAUGGGUGGGGUGGGGAAGGAGGAAUGGGUGGGAUGGGGAAGGAGGAAUGGGUGGGAUGGGGAAGGAGGAAUGGGUGGGAUGGGGAAGGAGGAAUGGGUGGGAUGGGGAAGGAGGAAUGGGUGGGAUGGGGAAGGAGGAAUGGGUGGGAUGGGGAAGGAGGAAUGGGUGGGAUGGGGAAGGAGGAAUGGGUGGGAUGGGGAAGGAGGAAUGGGUGGGAUGGGGAAGGAGGAAUGGGUGGGAUGGGGAAGGAGGAAUGGGUGGGAUGGGGAAGGAGGAAUGGGUGGGAUGGGGAAGGAGGAAUGGGUGGGAUGGGGAAGGAGGAAUGGGUGGGAUGGGGAAGGAGGAAUGGGUGGGAUGGGGAAGGAGGAAUGGGUGGGAUGGGGAAGGAGGAAUGGGUGGGAUGGGGAAGGAGGAAUGGGUGGGAUGGGGAAGGAGGAAUGGGUGGGAUGGGGAAGGAGGAAUGGGUGGGAUGGGGAAGGAGGAAUGGGUGGGAUGGGGAAGGAGGAAUGGGUGGGAUGGGGAAGGAGGAAUGGGUGGGAUGGGGAAGGAGGAAUGGGUGGGAUGGGGAAGGAGGAAUGGGUGGGAUGGGGAAGGAGGAAUGGGUGGGAUGGGGAAGGAGGAAUGGGUGGGAUGGGGAAGGAGGAAUGGGUGGGAUGGGGAAGGAGGAAUGGGUGGGAUGGGGAAGGAGGAAUGGGUGGGAUGGGGAAGGAGGAAUGGGUGGGAUGGGGAAGGAGGAAUGGGUGGGAUGGGGAAGGAGGAAUGGGUGGGGUGGGGAAGGAGGAAUGGGUGGGAUGGGGAAGGAGGAAUGGGUGGGAUGGGGAAGGAGGAAUGGGUGGGAUGGGGAAGGAGGAAUGGGUGGGAUGGGGAAGGAGGAAUGGGUGGGGUGGGGAAGGAGGAAUGGGUGGGGUGGGGAAGGAGGAAUGGGUGGGAUGGGGAAGGAGGAAUGGGUGGGAUGGGGAAGGAGGAAUGGGUGGGAUGGGGAAGGAGGAAUGGGUGGGAUGGGGAAGGAGGAAUGGGUGGGGUGGGGAAGGAGGAAUGGGUGGGAUGGGGAAGGAGGAAUGGGUGGGAUGGGGAAGGAGGAAUGGGUGGGAUGGGGAAGGAGGAAUGGGUGGGAUGGGGAAGGAGGAAUGGGUGGGGUGGGGAAGGAGGAAUGGGUGGGAUGGGGAAGGAGGAAUGGGUGGGAUGGGGAAGGAGGAAUGGGUGGGAUGGGGAAGGAGGAAUGGGUGGGAUGGGGAAGGAGGAAUGGGUGGGAUGGGGAAGGAGGAAUGGGUGGGGUGGGGAAGGAGGAAUGGGUGGGGUGGGGAAGGAGGAAUGGGUGGGAUGGGGAAGGAGGAAUGGGUGGGAUGGGGAAGGAGGAAUGGGUGGGAUGGGGAAGGAGGAAUGGGUGGGGUGGGGAAGGAGGAAUGGGUGGGAUGGGGAAGGAGGAAUGGGUGGGAUGGGGAAGGAGGAAUGGGUGGGAUGGGGAAGGAGGAAUGGGUGGGGUGGGGAAGGAGGAAUGGGUGGGAUGGGGAAGGAGGAAUGGGUGGGAUGGGGAAGGAGGAAUGGGUGGGAUGGGGAAGGAGGAAUGGGUGGGAUGGGGAAGGAGGAAUGGGUGGGAUGGGGAAGGAGGAAUGGGUGGGAUGGGGAAGGAGGAAUGGGUGGGAUGGGGAAGGAGGAAUGGGUGGGGUGGGGAAGGAGGAAUGGGUGGGGUGGGGAAGGAGGAAUGGGUGGGAUGGGGAAGGAGGAAUGGGUGGGAUGGGGAAGGAGGAAUGGGUGGGAUGGGGAAGGAGGAAUGGGUGGGGUGGGGAAGGAGGAAUGGGUGGGAUGGGGAAGGAGGAAUGGGUGGGAUGGGGAAGGAGGAAUGGGUGGGGUGGGGAAGGAGGAAUGGGUGGGGUGGGGAAGGAGGAAUGGGUGGGAUGGGGAAGGAGGAAUGGGUGGGAUGGGGAAGGAGGAAUGGGUGGGAUGGGGAAGGAGGAAUGGGUGGGAUGGGGAAGGAGGAAUGGGUGGGGUGGGGAAGGAGGAAUGGGUGGGAUGGGGAAGGAGGAAUGGGUGGGAUGGGGAAGGAGGAAUGGGUGGGGUGGGGAAGGAGGAAUGGGUGGGAUGGGGAAGGAGGAAUGGGUGGGAUGGGGAAGGAGGAAUGGGUGGGAUGGGGAAGGAGGAAUGGGUGGGAUGGGGAAGGAGGAAUGGGUGGGAUGGGGAAGGAGGAAUGGGUGGGAUGGGGAAGGAGGAAUGGGUGGGGUGGGGAAGGAGGAAUGGGUGGGAUGGGGAAGGAGGAAUGGGUGGGAUGGGGAAGGAGGAAUGGGUGGGAUGGGGAAGGAGGAAUGGGUGGGAUGGGGAAGGAGGAAUGGGUGGGAUGGGGAAGGAGGAAUGGGUGGGAUGGGGAAGGAGGAAUGGGUGGGAUGGGGAAGGAGGAAUGGGUGGGAUGGGGAAGGAGGAAUGGGUGGGGUGGGGAAGGAGGAAUGGGUGGGGUGGGGAAGGAGGAAUGGGUGGGAUGGGGAAGGAGGAAUGGGUGGGAUGGGGAAGGAGGAAUGGGUGGGAUGGGGAAGGAGGAAUGGGUGGGGUGGGGAAGGAGGAAUGGGUGGGAUGGGGAAGGAGGAAUGGGUGGGAUGGGGAAGGAGGAAUGGGUGGGGUGGGGAAGGAGGAAUGGGUGGGGUGGGGAAGGAGGAAUGGGUGGGAUGGGGAAGGAGGAAUGGGUGGGAUGGGGAAGGAGGAAUGGGUGGGAUGGGGAAGGAGGAAUGGGUGGGAUGGGGAAGGAGGAAUGGGUGGGAUGGGGAAGGAGGAAUGGGUGGGGUGGGGAAGGAGGAAUGGGUGGGGUGGGGAAGGAGGAAUGGGUGGGAUGGGGAAGGAGGAAUGGGUGGGAUGGGGAAGGAGGAAUGGGUGGGAUGGGGAAGGAGGAAUGGGUGGGAUGGGGAAGGAGGAAUGGGUGGGGUGGGGAAGGAGGAAUGGGUGGGAUGGGGAAGGAGGAAUGGGUGGGAUGGGGAAGGAGGAAUGGGUGGGAUGGGGAAGGAGGAAUGGGUGGGAUGGGGAAGGAGGAAUGGGUGGGAUGGGGAAGGAGGAAUGGGUGGGAUGGGGAAGGAGGAAUGGGUGGGAUGGGGAAGGAGGAAUGGGUGGGAUGGGGAAGGAGGAAUGGGUGGGAUGGGGAAGGAGGAAUGGGUGGGAUGGGGAAGGAGGAAUGGGUGGGAUGGGGAAGGAGGAAUGGGUGGGAUGGGGAAGGAGGAAUGGGUGGGAUGGGGAAGGAGGAAUGGGUGGGAUGGGGAAGGAGGAAUGGGUGGGAUGGGGAAGGAGGAAUGGGUGGGAUGGGGAAGGAGGAAUGGGUGGGAUGGGGAAGGAGGAAUGGGUGGGAUGGGGAAGGAGGAAUGGGUGGGAUGGGGAAGGAGGAAUGGGUGGGAUGGGGAAGGAGGAAUGGGUGGGAUGGGGAAGGAGGAAUGGGUGGGAUGGGGAAGGAGGAAUGGGUGGGAUGGGGAAGGAGGAAUGGGUGGGAUGGGGAAGGAGGAAUGGGUGGGAUGGGGAAGGAGGAAUGGGUGGGAUGGGGAAGGAGGAAUGGGUGGGGAAGGAGGAAUGGGUGGGAUGGGAAGGAGGAAUGGGUGGGAUGGGGAAGGAGGAAUGGGUGGGAUGGGGAAGGAGGAAUGGGUGGGAUGGGGAAGGAGGAAUGGGUGGGAUGGGGAAGGAGGAAUGGGUGGGAUGGGGAAGGAGGAAUGGGUGGGAUGGGGAAGGAGGAAUGGGUGGGAUGGGGAAGGAGGAAUGGGUGGGAUGGGGAAGGAGGAAUGGGUGGGAUGGGGAAGGAGGAAUGGGUGGGAUGGGGAAGGAGGAAUGGGUGGGAUGGGGAAGGAGGAAUGGGUGGGAUGGGGAAGGAGGAAUGGGUGGGGUGGGGAAGGAGGAAUGGGUGGGAUGGGGAAGGAGGAAUGGGUGGGAUGGGGAAGGAGGAAUGGGUGGGAUGGGGAAGGAGGAAUGGGUGGGAUGGGGAAGGAGGAAUGGGUGGGAUGGGGAAGGAGGAAUGGGUGGGAUGGGGAAGGAGGAAUGGGUGGGGUGGGGAAGGAGGAAACCCUGGGUUCACGUCCGGGUCUGCACUCAUGA